AUGAAGAUCGGAUGGAUCUCGGAUGGAGAUCGCAGAGCCACCCACGGAUAUUGUGAUGCUGUUCCAACGUUCCGCCGAGUCCCGAUCGAUUGGCAGUCGCCACAUGAAACCGACCUACCAGGAUAUGUGCGAAAUAUGCUCUUCACAUUUCCACUGGGUGAGCCUAUGAAAACGGUCCUCAACCGCUGGCACGGACAUUGCGCAGAGAAACGCCAUACCGCUUUUCCAACGUCUGAGCAGCGGGCCGACCCUUUGGUAAUAUCAAAGCUUGAACAGGACGUGGUCCAGGCCCCAUCAAUAAUAGCCGAAGGGCUCAAGCCAGUGGUCCAACAGCUGAAUUGGCUCCGCCACGGGAAUGGAAAGCGACUUCCGAACCCCUAA